AUGGAGAAGAAGUUAAGGGUAAAGAAGAAAGUAUGGAUGGGGAAGAAGUUUGGGAUGGAGAAGAAGUUUGGGAUGGAGGAGAAGUUUGGAAUGGAGGAGAAGAACCGAAGUAUGGAGAAGAAAUUAAGGAAGAAGAAGGUUAGGAAGGAGACGAAGUCAAGGAAGAAGAAGUUUUGGAUGGAGAAGAAGUUAAGGAUAAAGAAGAAAGUAUGGAUGGGGAAGAAGUUUGGGAUGGAGAAGAAAAUGAAGUUAAGGAAGCAGAAGAAGUUAAGGAGGAUGGAGAAGAAGUUAGGGAAGGAGAAAAAGUUAAGAAUGAAGAACAAGUUAGGGAAGGAGAAGAAGUUAAGGAUGGAGAACAAGUUAGGGAAGGAGAAGAAGAAGUUAAGGAUGGAGAAGUAG